AUGCCUCGAGACCCCGGGCCCGAGGCCACCGGCCGCCCUUUGACGUCGUCGUCUCUCCCCACCGCCGCCGUCUCCGCCGCUUCCGACCCGGAUCCCCUCAGCCCGACCUCGAAACCUGCCUCGUCAUCGUCGCGCCCAAGCCUGCUGUCGCGCAUCAGCCUGCCGCUUGCCCUCCCCUUGAGGAGUCGCAACCGCAACGUCGUCGACUUCCACGUCCGCUGCGACGAGCCCUACCGCAAAUACAAUGCAGGCGACUCUGUCCGCGGCUCCGUCGUCCUCGCCGUCGUCCGCCCACUGCGCAUCACCCACCUCGUCGUUUCCCUCCAUGGCCACGUCCGCGUCCUCAAAGAUCCCACCUCGGCCACAAAGGCCCAGCUCGCCGCCGCCCUGCCCGGCGGCACUUGCGCCCGGCCUCAGUACCGUGGCAAUGGCCUCGCCAGUCUGUUCCAGGAUGAACAGGUCCUGAGCGGCGAGGGCAGGCUGGAGCCCGGCAAGUAUGAGUUUGGCUUCGAUCUCGUCUUUCCCGUCACCGAACUGCCAAGCAGUAUUGAUUUUGAGCGCGGCACCAUUUCCUACAUGAUCACGGCCACCUUGACUAGGCCGACGACGAUUGCGCCCACAUCCUCGUGCGAUCGACGAGUCAUGCUCACCCAGAAGAUCGACAUUGGCAUGCUUGCCCCUCCCCGCCCGCGAACCAUCUUCCUCGAGCCCAUAUCCAAGCGCGUGCGCAGGAAACGGACAACCGUCGUGGACAAGACGCCGACCGCAAACUCCGAGAUCAACGAUGUCGCCUCCGAACCCGACUCGGCGGACCGCUCCAUCGUCACCGACGACUCUGGCCGCGACGCGCAAGCCGACCACCGAAGCCACAUCCCGAGCGACGUGCGCAGCGAGGUCAGCGGCGAGAGCGCCCGCAGCGUCAGCACCGCCGUAAGCAAGGUGGAUUUCGCCCAGCUGCCCCAGAUAGGCGCUGCCAUGUCCUCGGCGGCCAAGCAACAGUUUGUCGACGACAAGACCAUAACCGCAACCAUUGAGUUGCUGAGAGGCGGCUGCCUCCCUGGGGACACGGUAUCGGCGCGCGUCACUGUGCAACAUAUCAAGCGCGUCAAGAGCAUGACGGGUGUUAUUGUCACCCUGUUCCGUCAAGGCAAGAUUGAUACCUCGCCGCCGCCCUCUCGCUUUGCCGGCAUGAGCAAGGACGAGGCCAGGAAGCUGGAUAAGGAGGAGAUGUAUCCGAGAUCCCGGACCAGCCUGGGGGGCUUGUCACUCUCCUCGACGAGCUCCACGAGCGUGUUUCGCAAAGACCUGGACCAAACCGCCGCGCCCCUUAUCAUCGACCCCGCCACGCUGCAGGCGUCCGUCACUAUCUCGGUCAAGGUGCCCGACGACGCCUUUCCCACAAUCAAGGGCGUGCCGGGAGACAUGAUCAGCUUCAAGUACCAGGUCGAGGUCGUUGUCGACCUGGGCGGCAGGCUGGCGAGUCAGCUCCAGGGAGGGCAGUCACUGUCGAGGUUCGGGCCAUACGGCAACGGUGGCUCAGAGCAGGGCCCAAAUUCGUACGGCUCGCGCAGAUCAGCCAACAUUGCCGACACGGCGCAGCUGAGACGCGAAAAGGGCGUCAUCUCCGUCACCAUGGAGACCGUUGUGGGGACGGCGGACAGCUCAAGGAGCCGCAAGUCUGCGGGAAAGCCGCCCGAGUCGAGGACCAUCAGGAUUCGUGAGAGCGACGCCGACGACGACGACGAGGCCAUACGUCCCGAAAUGAACGAAGCGCCUUCUGGCCACUUCCACGCAAACGGACAAGCGCCAAGCGGCCAAUCGUCGCAGCAGCCCAACGACUACCAAUUCACUCCGCCACCCGGAGAACCCCCUCGCCUCCCUCCAGAGCCGCUGCAGCUCAGUCGUGGGCCUUCGCAUCGCCAGUUCGCACAGACCAAUGACUACCACCGCGAUGCCGCCCCGUCCUACAUACCCGCGCCCCAGGUCGCCAAUCAGGGCAACAUGACGGAGAAGGAGCGCAUACGAGAGGCGGAAACUAGGCUGCUGCCCAGCCAGCCGCCUGCUGCGAGUCCUUCGUCCGCAGAUGACGACGACAUUUACGACGCCGAAGACACGCCCCGACUGCCAGGGUCAUCCCCGAGCGCACCGGCCGAUAGGGACGUGGUAGCCGGACCAUCGGCGCCGACGGAGGAGCAGGUGUCUGCGGGGCGUCCUGUCGAAGACAAGCAAGAACUGGAGCGGCUGAGGCUGAUGAACGAGGCGAGCGCACCCCCUGAAUUUCCCGAGGACGCUGAGGGGAGGGGCGGAGGCUCGUCACCGCCAGACCAAGCACCCGAGGUCGAGCCGUCGGCGCCAUCGCUGGAUGUUGACGGAGGUGAUUGCAACGACUCUUAUCUUGGUCAUGGCGCAGCAGCUGGCCCUUCGAGGAGCGGGGGCAGCAGCCAACAUCCGGAGCAGCUGCCGGCGUAUGAGCGAUGA